UAACGACUCCCUUAUUGGAAAAUAAAAACGUUUUUACUCGGAUAUAGUAUAUAUAAUAGGAUUUCGAAUUCAAAGGGAUUUACACUUCAAGUGAACAUAUUAUGGCUGAAUCUUCGGGAAAAGAUCCGUCUAGAGGUGUUAACGUCGAAGGAGGAGAUUUCCGUCACUCAGUUUUUGGUGAUAAGAUAAUCAAUAAGACUGUGAUCAACCAAUAUGAUCAAGCUUCCGCCAAAACCUCUGGCUUCGAAGAGAUUAAAGGUCACUUCAACUUGGCCCCGUUCAUUGUAGUUUCUGAAGAAACCCCAAUCAGCGCUGAUUCGCGAAUCUUUCGCGCCACCUUGCGUAGUAGUGUUGUUGGUGAUCGCGAAAUUGCGGUUAAAAUUUUACGCGAUGGCGAGCGCGAACGACGAGAAGCGCAAAUUCAUUUUGCUGUUCCUCAUCAUGUAAAUAUUGUCGAGCGCUUAUUCACUGAUACAUUCAAGUACCACGGUCAGUCAUGUAUAUACAUCGCGAUGGAGGAGUGCGAUCCGUUGAAUCUUCACGAUUAUAUUGAGUUGGAAGUCAAAGAGAAGAUUCCAUUUGACGCCGAUAAAUACAUAUCUUUCACGUUUCAAAUUGUUCUGGGGUUAGAUUACCUUCACAAUCAUGAUGUUCUGAAUCGGGAUCUCAAACCGCAUAAUGUGUUGCUUGCUGGGAAUGUGGUGAAGCUUUGCGAUUUCGGCCUUUCAAAGAUAAUGACCAGUGGACGUGAAUUCACAGUUCAAAGUAUGAUUCAGCCUGGAACUGAUGGCUGGCGUUCGCCUGAGUUGCUCAAAGGCGCCAAGGAUAUUGGCAAAGGGUCCGAUGUAUAUUCUCUUGCGUUGAUAUUCGGUUAUGUUUGGUCGCAUGGUAAACACGUUUUCGGCGAUGACCCCCACUCUUGGAAUCACUACAUAAAACGCAAUGAAAAUUUGAACCUCGAUCAACUGCAAAUACCAGACCGCGAUCAAGGAAAGUCUUUGCUAACCUCGAUGCUGAAGCAAAACCCCUCUGAACGACCAAAAACUUCGGAAAUCUUGAAGCACGAUGUCUUCAAACAACACGGAGCGAGUUACCUCAAGAGAAACGAAUCUGUUGCCAUCUAUGCUAGUAUUACCAAUACGUUCCGUGACUCUGCCGGGGAAAACAAAGGGUUAGCAGAAGAUUCGAUCAAAACAGAAGAGAUUGAAGAUUGGUUACAUAUUGACGAGUGUCAAAUCGUUAAAAAGAGAAAAAUCCUGAUCACAGACUUUGUGGACGUGUGGAUAGGUAACUUCGGUGAUCAAAACGUGAUGAUAAAAACGUGGAAUCCAGAAUAUAGGAGUCCCGGGACUGAUUUUGAAAACGAGUUCAACAUUUUGAAAAGGCUGACUCACAAAAACAUUGUGAAAUUGUAUGGCUCGGUUAUCGAGAAGAAAAUAUUGGUAAUUGAGUAUACGGAGCACGGCACUUUGGUAGAUUUUCUCAUGUAUGGCGGAGGCCGCCAUACCACACUAAAAGAUCAAAUACGCAUGGCUGCUCAGGUGGCUUCCGCCAUGGUUUAUUUGGAGCAACUGCAGUAUGUUUUAGUCGAUCUUCGCGCAGGUAGUGUACUCGUUGGAGAAAACAUGUUGUGCAAGAUAUGUAAUUUCAGUUUGGCAAAAUAUGUUGGAGAUCUUGGGCAAAUAGAAAUGCCCGAUGAGUUUAACUGCCCACAUCGCCAUGCUGCUCCUGAAUGUCUAUUCGAAGGAUAUGUCAUGUCGCAUAAGUCGGACGUGUGGGCAUUUGGUGUUUUACUGAUUGAACUAGUGACAAAGGGACAACAUUUAUAUCCUGGAAUGACACAAGAUGAAAUUAUGAGCAAGAUAGAAGAAGGCUUCAGAAUACCACGUCCUUUAUCAUGUCCCGAGAAGCUAUAUGACGUCAUUCUUAUGUGCUGGGCCAGAGAACCGUUGAUGAGACCAACCUUCAUCUGGCUGGAGAAUGUGUUAAAAAGAUCCGACUUUGACGACAAUGCCGGAGAUGUUGAUAAAAUAACAAAGAGAGACGAGGUAUGGGUUCCUGGUAACGAAAAUCAAAUUUUUAAAGAUAGCAGAGUCAGUGACACGGAAUUUGCAAAAAUAUGGAAAGGCAAAUUUGGUUCACAAAAAGUGAUUAUAAAAAUCUGGAAGACAGAAGCCGAGCGUGAAGCAAAAAGUUUUUUGAAUGAGUUCAAUACGAUAAAGAAGCUUUCUCAUAAAAACAUUGUGAAUUUAUGUGGUGCCGUUACAGAUAAAAAGAUAUUGCUUCUAGAGUAUAUGAAAUAUGGUACUUUGUUGGACUUUCUAAAAAAUGGUGAUGGCCGAAAUUUCACGAUUAAAGAACUAAUUGGCAUGGCUACUCAGAUUGCAUGCGGAAUGGCCUAUUUGGAACAAAAACAAUAUGUUUUUAUAGAUCUUCGUGCAGAAUCUGUUUCAGUCGGGGAAAAGUUGUCGUGUAAACUGUUUGAUUUCAGUUUUGCACAAUAUGUUGGAAACGAUGGAAAGUGGAAUGUACCUGUAGGAAGUAAAUUUCCAAUAAAGUGGACGGCGCCAGAAGCUUAUGUAAACGGGGAUUUUACACAUAAGUCAGAUGUUUGGAGUUUUGGUGUCUUUCUGACUGAGUUAGUGACGAAAGGGUGCAUACCAUAUCCGAGAAUGUUGAAUAGAGAAGUUAUAAAAAAGAUCGAGAAAGGGUAUCGAAUGCCACGUCCAGCUUCAUGUCCUGAACAACUUUACGGGAUCAUGCUCAAGUGCUGGGACGACGAUUAUGCAAAGAGGCCAGCGUUCGAAUAUCUCGAGGAUUUUCUGAAAAAUUAUGAAUUCGACAACGAAUCUGGACACAUUGGCAACAACGACGGGGUCAGCACCAGUGUUGAAACGACAGGUUCACCUGAUGCACAAACCGCUACUCCCGCGGCAAAAAAAAAAGCACGAGCACUUUUCGACUACGACAAAAAAUACGAUAACGAAAUAAGCUUUCGGGAUGGAGACAUCAUCACAAAUAUUGAGUUUCCAAUUGAACAAUGGUGGAUGGGAACCUGCAACGGGCAACGAGGCUUAAUUCCUUGUAAUUACGUAAAGUUGAUUGACUAAGAAUCGUGUAUUCAGAGAUUCUGCCAAAUUUCGACUUUAGAUAUCAAUCAUUCAUGACCCAUUCAUAAUUGGGCGUAAACCUCAAGACUAGAAAUCUAACUCCAAGAUCAAUUAAUAAAGAGUUUCAAAACAAUUCCGAUUUGAGUUUUAUUAUUUCACGGAGAUUUCAAGGUACUCCCGUAGUAUGUGUACCAGGUUAGGACUGACAAUUAUUUG